AUGGUUAAACGACGUCCUAGUAAAAGAAUCAUAAAAGAACACAGUGAAGAAAACGAAGAAAAAGAACAAUCAAUAUUCGAUCUGGCGUAUAGUUGCCUGGCAAAACUCAUUUUAACAAAUGGCAAAAGUCGAAACCCUAUAUUUCGACGGAUUUGCAACUAUAAUUUGGCGGAAAGUACUUUACAACUUACAAAUGAUUUAAGUGAUUUUAAAGAAAUAAAAAAACGGUUGGAAGGUAGCGCAGCGAGUUUGGAAGAAAUGGAGUAUCAAUCGGAACAAAAGUAUUUGGAGGAUUUGGAAAAAAAUCCUAGAUGA